UAUUGCAAUUUUUCUAGUUUGUAGAUAAACUUACUUAAUUUAGAUUGCAUGUUUAACUACAUACUAAUGUGAUAAUUUCAUAAUUCGGGUAAAUGCAUUCCGCAAUAAUCUGGUGUUCAUUUUACUGUGUAAACAAUUUUUAGUUAACAUGAAAGAAGUGAUUUUGGCUAUUAUAACCUUCGUAUGUAGUGUAUUUUUAGUUUUAAUAUUUGUAUUGUUUUGCUGGUACGUCGUAUGGAAGUGUUGUCUUUCUAAAUUUCGAUUUGUUCGAGAACUUCUUGGUGGUAUGUCAGACACCCCACCAGCGUCAGAGAUAAGGCAACCUAAACAAAGGAAAUCUAGAAGAGAAUAGUACUUGUAACAACCAAUAUAUCACAAACCAUUAUCAAAAUGAAUAUUCGCUGUGCACGUCCAAGUGACCUUAUGAACAUGCAACAUUGCAAUUUACUGUGCUUGCCUGAGAACUAUCAAAUGAAAUAUUAUUUCUAUCAUGGUUUGUCAUGGCCGCAGCUCAGCUAUGUGGCUGAGGAUGAAAAAGGACACAUAGUAGGCUAUGUUCUGGCAAAGAUGGAGGAUGAUGGUGAAGAUAAUCGCCAUGGACACAUUACUUCUCUUGCAGUCAAGAGAUCCCAUCGACGACUUGGACUUGCUCAAAAGCUUAUGAAUCAAGCUUCAUUGGCUAUGGUGGAAUGUUUUCAGGCCAAAUAUGUAUCACUGCAUGUAAGAAAAAGCAACAGAGCCGCUCUGAAUCUUUAUACAAAUUCACUUGGCUUCAAGAUAUUAGAAAUAGAACCAAAGUACUAUGCAGAUGGUGAAGAUGCCUACUCUAUGAUGAGGGACCUCAGCGCUUUUGCAGCUGAUAACAAGUUUGAAACUCCAUCUGACAACUUAGAAAUAAAGUCUGAAUCUGCUAUUGUAUCGCAGUGUUAAAGCAUUUAUGGCAAUAAAUAAAGCUUUAUAUAUUU